AUGCAAGCAGACAAGGCAUGCGGAGAAAAAGUAAAGGGUGCAAAGCAGCUCUUCAGCAAGAAGGAAGAUGAGAAAUUAAUCAAGUUAGUCAAGUUCUUCGGCAGAAAGAAAGAUGUUAACUGGCAGUUUGUAGCACAACAAAUGGGAAACAGAAAUGUUCGCCAGUGCAAAGAACGCUUCCUUAACUAUCUUGAUAAUCAUGUUAACAGAUCAGAGUUCACUCCAGAGGAAAACAAGUUCAUUUUAGAGAAAGUUCAACAAAUUGGCACAAAAUGGACAAAAAUCAGCUCUAUGAUGAAAAACAGAACAUAUGUUUCAGUCAAAUCUCAGUACAAGAAACUUAUUCGCAGAAACGCUACGCUUGAUAACGUUUUAACCAUUGAUGUUAAUACCACAAAUACUAGAAAAUCGAGUCCAUUAGUUGAUUAUCACUCAGUAGACUCGAGUUCUUCUGAUACACAUGAUUUAAGCAACGAUUUUCAAAUAAACGAUGUUGAAAACAAGCAUCUUGUAGAUGAGGUUUUCAACACCUUGUUCGAUACACUCGAAUUUAAUGAUGAUGCAUUCUUCGGUCUCACAACAAUUUAA